GAGGCCUCAGAAGUCCCUCCGGACCAGGGCAAGAAAGGGACAUUCCCUGAAUUGCCUCCCUUGCCCGGCUGCGUCCGUGUUACUUUUCUACAAGACCCGGGAUCCAGGAAGAAAUCAGGUGUCACCACCAAGAAGUCCAGUCAGCUGCCAGCAACCCCAGAGGGGUCUUCUACCAGAACGCAGCCCGGGAAAAAGAAAGAGGGAAAAUCCACUGCGAAAAGCAAAGCAAAGAAGAUGGGUCCUGCAAAGGCAGUGGAACCAAAGAGUUACACAGAAGAACACAGAGCAGUGAAAGUCCCCACUCAAGGAGGAGUGCCAGAAAAGGCACAAGCAAACCUCCAGAGCCAUAGUGGAGCCCCAUCCCCGGUGCAAACACCAAUAGCAUCUCUAUGGUGUCGGAGCUCUGAGACCAGCCUUCUCCAGGAGCCCAAUGACAAUAAGUCUGGACAGCAUCCACCGGGAUCCACGUCACAAAAACUGCUCAAGUUAAGGGGUGAGAUGUCCAGGCCAGUGCUGGAAAAGCCUCACAAGACAGCUUGGCUGACAUCUCACUCUGAGUCCAGCCUGCCUGAGGAGCACACCAGCAAAACCUCUGGUUUUGUGCCGCUGAUGCACAGGAGAACCAAGUCAUUGCCAUGUCAGCCAGCACAGAACGGAGAAGGGCUCCUCUGGCGUGGGAUGUCCUCUCCACACUGAUCAGGGCACGGGGAGCCCAGCAGAGCCAGAGCUCCACCUUAGGCUGCAGAACAGCUGCCUGGCCUGCUGGAAGUCCUAGUGGAGUAUUUCCAGCACUGCCUGAUGGAGAUCUUUGGAAUCCUGAAGGAAUAUGAGGUGGGAGACCCAGGGCAAAGAGCACUCUGUGGGUUGGAGAGCAGCAGCCGGCACUGGCAGAUUGGUGGCAGAGAUACCACUGAGCACAUCCAGACCCACUUUGAGAGCAAGAGGGAGUGCUCCACGGCUGACAGCAAACGAAAUGCUAGGGAAGGGGAGGCUCCUCCAUCUGACAGCUCCUCAAGCAUUCUGGAGGACGAACCUUGCGGCACAGACGAGACACCCCUCUGCCUCAUCCGCGACUGGCAGGACUCUCUGGUGAAGCGCUGCACCUGUGUCUCCCACAUCAUCAGGAGUUUGUCGUUUGUGCUGGGCGGUGACACUGAGAUGUGCAAACACGCCGGGCUGCUGCUGAUUCUGGGGAAACUGCUGCUCUUACACUAUGAGCACCCAGAGCGCAAGCAGGCAGCCCUGAGCUCUGAGAGAGAGGAGCCUGAGUGGGACCAGGGGCUGAGCAUCAGCGUGGAGGAGUGGUGGUGGGACUGCCUGCAGAUGCUGCGUGGAAACACGCUGGUGACACCGGCCAACAUUUCUGGCCAGCUGGACCUGUCUCCUUUCCCAGAAAGCCUCUGCUUGCUGAUCCUGGACAGACUCCUUCACGGGGCAGUAUGUCCAUCAGCAGAGGCCCAGGACCCAUUUCCAGCACUGAAUGGGGCUGAAUGCAGUCCUCUCCCCUCAGAGCCUGGUUUGGGAAACGCUCAGCAAACUCAUUGGAUUUUAUUCUCACAGCUACCCCCGGCAGCCACUUGGAGAAGCUGUACAGUGCCCUACUGCGUUUCCUUCACGACCGAGAGAGCCCAGUGUGCUGAGAGAUGGCUGUGGUCCUACUGGCCAGCUUGGCACAGGGGGACAGCCUGGCAGCGAGAGCGAUUGCCUUGCAGGAGGGGAGCGUUGGCAACUUGCUGGGCUUCUUGGAGGACUGCUGGCUGCCGCACAGUGCCAGCAGAGCCAGGCCGGCCGGUGCACAAGAAGAACUCAACCUGCGAGCCGACAAGCAUGGAAAUGAUGCGCCGAGCUGCUUGGGCGCUGCUCGCCCUGGCCAAGGUGGACGAGAACCACUCGCAGCUCACAUUGCAUGAGUCGCAGCUGUUGGACAUCUCUGUGUCGCCUGCAGUGGACUCCUCGAUCUCACAAGUUAUUUGUGAUGUGCUAUUUUUCAUUGACCGGCCCUGACAGCUGUGGGAUGCAAGACCCUGUGUGCGUGUACGUGAGCGCAGAACUGAGAAACCGACUGUUGCUCUUUAUUUAUGCACAACCAUCUCAGAAGCCCCUGUCUGUCCAGCACUGUCCGGCUUCUCCCUUGGGGGGGAUGACGUCGCCAUUCCCUUUCCCCUUCUCCUGCUCUUCACAUUUGUCAUGAAUCCCUUAUUAAAAGAGAGAAAGUUCUAUCUACAUGGAGGACUUCUGAAUUUUAUUUUAACCAAAGUUACUGUCUUUUACUGUGAGUGUGGGGAGAACAACUUGUCCCCCGUCCCCCAGUCCUUUCUAGUAUGGGGAGUUAGUGAGCUGAUGACCUGCAGAGUGAGACAGGUAUUUAAUCCCUUGAGGGGUCUAGGGGGCACAUGCAGGGAUCCCAUAGGGGUUGGGGUCCCAGGGUUUGCAGUGGCCCCCCAGAGACCUGCAGACUGGAGCUCCAGCUCCAACCCUUCCAUGGGAAAGAACCUCCUGCAGGGCAGAGCACAACUGGCUACAAACGUGGUGUGGAACACACCGCCUUCUGUCCCUUUUCUGAUUUUCCAGGAGGGAGAUGCCCCCUUUUCCAGGGUGUUUCUCUCUUUUUU